GGCUUCCCUGCUUCCAGGAGAUUGGGAGAAGAAGAUGCGGCUGAGCGGCCGGCACGGACCGACUGCUUAACGGGCAAACCUUAGUCAUAGGUUUCCACUUGCCUUUUCUUUUGUUAGUUUCUUGCCAAAUUUGCUGCUUGAUGUCGAAUUUGAACAGGAGCAGCGAAUGAACUGAUAAGCUGUAAGGGCAGAAGAAGAAGAGGGGGAGCGAAACAGUUACUGACAGGAGUUGGGCAUCAUAUUGCCACCGGAUGUCAUUAUACGCUUUUAAAUAUCGAGGACUGUAAUCUAGACCAAAGGCAGAGCCAUGGAGGUUGUAACGCAUCUUGUGAAUGACACUGUAGAGUUUUACAAAUGGAGCCUUACUAUAGCAGACAAGAGGGUUCAGCACUGGCCCAUGAUGUCCUCUCCCUUCCCUACUCUGGCUAUCAGCUGCCUGUACUUGAUCUUCCUGUGGGCAGGACCUAAAUACAUGCAAGAUCGCCAGCCCUACACACUCAGGAAGACCCUCAUAGUCUACAACUUCAGCAUGGUGGUCCUCAACUUCUACAUCGCCAAAGAGCUCCUACUAGCCUCCAGAGCAGCCGGGUACAGCUACCUCUGUCAGCCUGUAAACUACUCGAAUGAUGUCAAUGAAGUCAGGAUAGCCUCGGCUCUUUGGUGGUACUACAUCUCCAAAGGAGUGGAGUUCCUGGACACUGUCUUUUUCAUACUGAGGAAGAAGUUCAACCAAGUCAGCUUCCUCCACGUCUACCAUCACUGCACCAUGUUCAUCCUCUGGUGGAUUGGAAUCAAAUGGGUUCCCGGUGGACAAUCAUUUUUUGGUGCAACCAUCAACUCUUCCAUCCACGUCCUCAUGUACGGGUACUAUGGCUUGGCUGCCUUGGGACCUCAGAUGCAGAAGUACCUCUGGUGGAAGAAAUACCUCACCAUUAUCCAGAUGAUCCAGUUCCACGUAACCAUCGGCCACGCUGGCCACUCCCUCUACACCGGCUGUCCGUUCCCCUGCUGGAUGCAGUGGGCUCUGAUUGGCUACGCCGUCACCUUUAUCAUCCUCUUCGCCAACUUCUACUACCACGCUUAUCGACGCAAGCCUGCCUUUUCUCGGAAAGGAGGGAAGCCCAUAACAAACGGCUCCUCUGUGGUGGCUAACGGUCAUAGCAAAGUGGAGGAAGAGGAGGAGGACGAUGAGGAGGACAACGGAAAGAGGCAAAAGAAAGGAAGAGCGAAAAGGGAGUAAAGCAGGAAACGGGGCUUGCUUUGCGAAAAGCAGACAGUUAUUUUAUAGGCCAGAGAAAGAGGGAGGGGAGGGGAGGGAUAAACAGAGUUCAAACCAGACGAUCAUCCCUGCAAAUAAAGUGGAUGGAUGUGAUUAGGGACCAACUUGAUGAAGUGAAUGGUUAGCAGUGUGUGUUCACUGGGUGUGUCUGUAAAUGGUUCUGGUUUUGAGUGGACGAGAGUGUCGGUUGUCUCCAUGACAGCUUUCUUUUGUAAUUAAAUCCAGAUAAGAAAAGAAAAUUGCUGUUCGUGUAGGCCCACCCCCCCGUUCCUCUGUCCAGCUCUGUUUUGGACCAUAGUAGGACCAAAAUAUUAAAGGAACCGCAUCCUGCUCAGCAUCCACUUACUUUCAACCGGAAUCCACCUCCAACUUUUGUACUCUGGAUUCCAGUACUGUUUAAAAGCUUAAUAGUGUUUAAUAAGCUAAAUUAAUUUAUUUUCUAGUGCUUUCAAUGAGUAUCAAUUCAUUUGGGGCAGGGAUAGCUCAGUAGGUAAAGUGGUCGCCCCAUGAUCGGAAGGUCAGCGGUUCGAAUCCACUUAACG